AUGCAAGCAAUUCUUGCGUCAAACCCUUAUCCUAUUCGAAACAUUUUGGGUAUAAAUCACGCAAAAGCAAAAGCAAUAUUUGAAAAAGGCACUAUCAUUGCUCAAAAAUCAAUUCAAAGACCUUUAAAUGUUGUAGGAAAAAUAUUAUCGGAUUUUAAUCAAGAUCUUCAAGAACAU